ACGUUAUUAAUGGUGAUAACCGCCCCCUGCAAAUUGCGAUUUCCGUCGUGCCGAUCGAUCGGUGGACCGUGUGACAAAUACUGUCGUUACCGCUAUCGUAUGCCACCUAUCCGAACAUUGUCGAAGGUGUCACAAAUUCGCAGUUAGGUCAGUACUUCAAGUCACUUGUAAUGGGUAUCUUAAAGUGGCUGGAUAGAUUGUAUAAUAUAAAAAUGUCCUGAGAUGAUGAUAAUGAGUGGAAAUGUUAACAAUGAGACAGUGGUUGUGGUAAGAACCUUUUUUAUUUCAUUUUUAAACCGAUGGUUACUAGUAAAGGGUUUGUAUUAAUAUGAUUAUCCCCCUACAAUUCCCAACAGUAAGAUGAUUAGAAAUAUUUAUUUUUCAAUCAUAAACCAUAGAACACAAUAUAUAUCAGUACACCUGUGUACUCUAUGUAAAUCUGUAUUAAGUAAAUCUGAAACAGUUGGAACCAUUAUCUAAUUUUGAGAAACUUUUUGUUUCUAUAUAAUUUUAAUAUCAUAGAUUUCACUAAUUUCACUUUUCUAGAACACCUAGUUUUCAAAUCAAAUUUAUCUUGGUCUUCUUGUACAUUUUACUUAUUAAAUCAUUAAUAAAAGUUUAUUUCAUUUCAUCUUAUUCAGUUUACCAUUUUCACCUUUGCAGAAUAAUAUCCUAGUUGUUGACCACAAUUACCAUAAGAACCACUUACAAUGAACCUUGUGUUAAAUUUUCUAGCAUUGAAGAAUCCAAAAAAAAAACGUGUUCACAAAACUAAACAAGCUCGAUAAUCUCAAAUAGUUACAACAAAAAGUCAAUGAAGUCAGCAUAUUAUGUUUUAAAAUGAUAUCUCAUCUAAAAAGUGCUAAUAUAAGUAUUUGAUGAAAUUGUCAGGUCUCUAUGAUUAUUUUUCUCAGAAUAAUAUAAAAAAUAAAACAAAAAUGAAAAUUAACAAAAACUGUUGUAGUGUAAGGCAUAAAUACAUAUCUCUAUAUUCCCUUAUCUUUCUCCAUUAUUAACACAUUGUAGUAUAAUUUUUACUAUUAUAUUAGUAGUACUAUACCUACAUCCAAAAUUUAUGUAAAUUAUCAGUGUAGAUUGCCGUAAUGUGGCAGUUCACUGUCUUCUAUGAUUUGAUACCAUAAUAUGGUACAGAUGUAAAAUGACAUUUUACCUAUUACUGCAAUAGCAUGGCCGUCAAUAUUUUAAGCAAAAUAUAGGAAAAUCAAAAAUAAUUUUUCCCAAUUUUCGAAGUAUACUAAAUUAUCUACCAAAAACUACCCCUAAUAAUGAUGAUUGGAGCAAUUUUUCUGAAGAAAACUUGUUCAGACAAGAAAAAAAAGCACAACUUAGUGAAACUAAUACAUUAUUUUCUUCACUUAAAAUUUAAAAGCGUUCAAUUUUCUCACAUAUUCAGAUUUAGUAUCUUUAACACACUUUAAAAAAAUAAGCAUGCAUACUAAAUUACAUGUGUUCCAUAUUUUUUUUUUCAAAAUAUCAUGUUUAUUAUUUAUAAUAUAAAUGUGUAUUUUAUUUGUUCUAGCAAUUCAUAACACAGAGUAUGUCCAAAUGAUUAUUAGAUCAGUAUGAGACUAAAUGUUAGAACACUCUUUGGGGUUCUUUCCACGUUAGCUAUAAUAUGCUUAGUAACAAUUUGGACCAAUUGCUCAGACCGAACUUUUGAUACAUAUUCAAAACAUAUUAAACCAAAUUAUGAAGUAAGCAAAAGAUCAGUUUUAUCUAGAAAGUUUGAAUUGAUUGAUGAUUAGGCAGUGUUUAUAUUAAAUUCAUGCUUUUAGUAAUAUUUGAUUUAAACAUAAAAAAAAAAAAUUUAAAUAUAGAAAGAAAAAUGUACAAUCCUUCUUAUUCGUGAUAUAGUUGGCAUAAUUUGCAAUUUUGUAAUUAUCUGGAGAUUAAAUAAAAGUUUUGAGCCAAAGAUUACUCCAAGAUCUUUAAGUUGGGUAGAACAAAAUAAAUUUAAAGAACUUGUAGUAAUAUGAAAUAAAACUAUAUUUUUUAGAAAAAGUGAAGCAUUUACAUUUAUUAAUAUUAAGGGACAUACCAUUUGAGAUGUGCCAAUUUUGAAAGCUAGUUUAAUCUUGUUGAAGUAGUAAUACAUCUUUUGUAUUCCUUAUACAAUUGAAAAUGUUUAGCAUUAUCAGCUAGUUGAAGAAUAUUAGAAUGUUUAAUUGAAAAAAUAAUUUUGUUAAUGAAUAAAGGAAUACUAACAAAAGAGGUGGUCUCCUUGUGGGACCUUGGAUAUUACUGAAAUUGGAUUGGAAAUAUAAUUUUUAUAUUUUACAAAUUGGAAUAUUUUGAUUAAAAAUGAAUUUAGCCAUGAUAAUAAAAGGUCAGCAGAAUCUAUUUUCUUAAGUUUUUGUAUUAAAAGAUUACAAUCAAUUAUAUCAAAUCUUUUUUAAAGUCUGUUUAUAUGACAUGAAACCAUGUUGCUAUGGAAUGAGUAUAUUUUUGAAGAUGGGAGUAAGUUUAGCAUUAAUGAUUUUAGAUAAUAAUUUCAGGAGAAUAGAGAUCAAAGAUAUAGGGCAUUAAUUAGAAAUUAAUGAUUCGUCUCCUUUUUUCGAAAAUUGUAUUGAUGAAUGUAGAUUUCCACAUAGAUAGGAAACAACUAUUUUUUAAAGAAGUAUUAAAAAAAAUGUGAUUGAAGGGGAAAGGACAAAUCUACAAACAUGCAGAAAAAUGGGUGAGAGUCCAUCAGGGCUAAUUCCAGUUUUCAUUUUUAAGUUUUAAAAAAUAUCAAUAAGUUUAAUUUCACAAUUGGUAAUAGAGUCUAGGGAUUCAAUUAUCAGAGAAUACAUAAUUGAUAAUUAGUUUUCUAAUAGUAUUAAUAUUAAGUACUAAAACAUCAAUAUGUUUAAAAUCAAUUUUGUGAUAUUUUAAUUACCUAUUUAUUAAGAAUUUAUUUCUCACUAAAUGAUACUACUGGUGCUUAAUAGAUAAAACUAUUUGUAUAGGUAAAUAACACAGAAUUUAACCAAUUGUAAUGUUUUAUUUCCAGGAAUUAGUUAAUGAUGUCAAGUCAAUAGAUUGUAUUAUUAAUGGCAAUAAUAAUAAUCAUGUUGAUUGUCUUAUAAAAAAUAGUGUGGUAUAUAUACCAUUUUCAUUUUUGAAAAAUUAUUUUGAGGUUUGUUUCACAUUAAUAGCAUAAAAACUACUUCACACCCCCAUUUAUUGGGAAUUUAUAACGUAAAUCAAUUUUGUUGUUUUAUGAGAUCUAGAGAAAUGUGUGUGUGACACUAACAUAUAUUCCUAAAAAUAAAUGUACACCUUAAGAAAUAAAUUAUACUAUAUAUUUAGAUAUAUGGAAAAGUUCUUGAAACUGCUGAUGAUAAAAUAACAUUUCAUUGGUCACAUAGUUAUUCCAAAGUUUACUACCAGAAUGGAAAAUAUGACUCACGAGGUGUAUUUACAAAUUUCCAAAAUUAUAAAGUUGAAGAAAGAAACCGUGUUAAAUGUAUAAGUGCAUCUCAUGGUAAUAUUACAACUUUAUAAUUAUAUAACAACAGACAAUUAUUAUUUAAUUUAAUUGGUAUAGGUGUUCCAGUUUCAACCCAAUGGAAUCCUCAUGGUUACUAUUAUCCUACACAGAUUGCGCAAUUUGGUUUAUCUCACUAUAGUAAAAAUCUCACUUUACCAUCCCCAAAAGUUAAGGUUUUAGAAAAUGGUCAGAUGAAUGCUCCUUGGAGUAUCCCUACUUCAUCAAAACUUCAAAUUUCAUUUAAUUCUCAAGCCCAAAGCAAUGUUCUUGAGUUUUUCACAAAUGGUAAGUGUUUAAUGUUUAAUAAUUAUUUUUUAUGUCAAAAAGUAUUUAUUUAAUUCAACAGUUAUUUUUUGAUGUUCAAACAUAAAGUUAAUCUUUAAUUUAAUUAUAAACAUUUCUAGAUCAUAAUUAUUAUGAUUAUUAUUAUUUGUAAUAUAUAUUUUUUUUUUUUUUUUUAGAGGAAGGGAUUUCAUUGAAUAUUAAUAACGAAAACUAUUUUUUCGUUAAUUUUGAUGUAGCAUUAUCUAUAUUGACCAAAAGUAGCAUUGUAAUUACUUUAAUAGAGAUUAAUAAACCAGAAGUAAUUUGGAAUCUACAUUAUACAUGUUCUAAGUCAUUUAUAUUAGCAAAGGUAAAAUUAAUUAUCUUAUGGUUUAAUCACUGUACAAUAGUAUAGUGUUUUAAAUGCUGAACAUAGCCAAGAAUGUAUUUACUACUCUAUAUUUUUUUGAUUGUCAUACACCACAACUGAUUUUUCAGAAAAGACAAUACAAAUCUUUGGUAGUUAGGAAUAGAAGGGAAUAGAGAACUUAAGAUCAACACAAUAAAAUAAUAAGAUUGGCAUAUACAUAAUGAUAAUUUAUCUAUUAUUUUUAUUUUUUUAGGGUCACAGUAUCUAUCAUGGGAUGCAUUGUACAGAAGAAUUUAGUUGGAUAAAAUUAGCAAGAAACUUAAUAGUUGACUUGCAAAAGGGCCUAAAUUUACUAAAAAAAACUUCAACAAAAAUGAUUCGUUCUAAAUAUAAAGUAAAGUACUUUUUGAGUAUUUAUAUACAGUAUGAUUUUUCUAGCUCUGUUAAUAUUACAUUUUUUUUUUAAUUGGUUUAUUUUCCAGGGGGACAUCGAUUUGAAGAAAAAUUAAAUUUUUAUUUUCAUCCCCUAAAUAUGAAAAAAAGAAAACUCUUCAUUUUAGAAAAUUUUGUAAUAAUAUUAUUCUAAACAUUUUAAUGUGUCAUAUAUACAUAUUAGAUUAAUAGUUUCUUAAUUAUAGCCUUUUUAAUUUCUUUAAAAUAGGUGUGAAAACAAUAUUAAUAUUCAAUAGAAGGUAAAGAAUUACCAUGCUGAUUGUAAUUCCUAAUCGUAUAACAUGUUAUUUUAUUGAAUAUUAAUUGUUUUUAUGUCUAAUUUAAACAGCUAUGACUAAGAAAUUAUUAAUAUGAAUUAAAUGUAUGAUGCAUUAAAAUUUUUAAAAAAUUACUAUUUUGAUAAUUUUCUAAAGUAAAUAAAUAAAAAGUUACUUUUGUUCUGUGUUUAGGGGAUGAAAAUAAAAAUUUAAUUUUUCUCUAAAUCGAUAUCCCCAAUAAUAAACCGACUAAACAAAAAAAUAGGAAAAAUUAAUAUUUAUAGAAAAACAGUGGGACACACUAUAUAUAUAUGCAUAAAAAUUAAUAUUUUGUUCAUUAAAUAAUGUUAUAUUGAUAUUUUAAAUAUUACUUUUAAUACUUAUUUCUGAUUUUGUAUAGUUAUGUGAUUUUAAAUUAUUUGGAAUGGGGUUAUUGGAUAAUCUUACAAUCAGUAGCCAUGACCAUAUAAGUCAAUUUUAUUCUGCUGCAAAUUGGUUCAUAAAACAUCAAGAUAAAAAUUCUGGAGGCUGGCGUAAUCCUGUAACCCGUAAAAUAUCUCCUGUUAUUCAACCUUUAAAACCAGGAUGGUAAGUUUACAAUAAAUUUUGAUUGCUAAUAAUUAAAGUUGUAAAAGUAUUGUACAAAAUGUCACUUUAUGGUUUAUUUUAAUUAAACAAUAAUAAAUCAUCAAAACUAAUGUUAUAUUUUUAAAUAUCUUCUAUAAGGUUGUCAGCAAUGGGACAGGGCCAGGCUAUAUCAUUGUUAUCAAGAGCUUUCUAUCAUUCUGGAGGAAAUGAACAGUAUUUGAAUACAGCAUGGGCUGCAUUGAAGCCAUUUAAAGUUUACAGCAAAAAUGGUGGUGUUUUAUCUGAAUUCAUGAAUGUACAUCCUUGGUUUGAUGAAUAUCCUACCAUUCCACCAAUAUUUAUUUUAAAUGGUUUCAUGUACUCUCUAAUUGGAUUAUAUGAUUUAUAUUCACUGACUCCUAAUACUUCCCAGGUAAAUGGUAGUUUAAAAUUAAUCAUUGAAAAUAAUAAUGUAAUUACUGUUGCAUUAAAACUUGGUUUUUAAUAAAUAAUAUAAAUAUUUUAGGUUUCGCAAGAAGCAUUUUUAUUAUGGAAACAGGGCAUGACAUCAUUGAAAAAUCUUUUACCGUUGUUUGACAUGGGUUCGAGAUCAGCAUAUGAUCUUAGACAUAUAACAUUAGCUAUACAACCAAAUAUUGCUAGGUGGGAUUAUCAUGCUACCCAUAUCAAUCAACUUUUGUUGUUAGGGACAUUAGACAAUGCUACAGUUAUACACACUACCGCUAAAAGGUGGAUCAGUUAUAUGAAUGGGGCUCGUGCAUCUCACAAUUAAUUAUUCAAGACUAAAAAAGCAUUAUGUUUUAAUCUAGUGGUUUAUAAUUAUUUAUAACUCAAAAAGUAUGGCUGUGAAAUUUUGUUUUCUUUAAAUAUUUAUGUUUUAAUGAUAGGGGAAUUGUGCAUUACUUAAAUUUGUUAAUUUAAAUUCACUAUAACUAUAAAUUGUAUGUAUAAUAAAAUAAUUUUUAUUCAUGAACAAUUAAUAGGUGCUAAAAAGGUUAAAGUUAUAAUACUAUAGCAAUUUAAUUAAAAUCACAGGAAUUUGAUGUACAUACAUAAGAUAAUACUUUUCAUUACUAAGCAAUACAUUCCUCAAUUAAAAGUACACUUAUCACAAUAGAAUUUUAUGUUAAGAAUAUAAUAUAAGAUAAAUUCAUAUACCUUCUUUCUGAUUAUUUUAUCAUUAAACACUCAUUAUCUCAGAAACAAUUAACUUUUUUCAGAAUCUAUUUUAUAUAAAACUUAAGAAACAUGUACAUUAUUUUUUGUCACCCUAAUUUUUGGGGGUAAACUGACUACCUAAUAUCAAUUUUCAAAUAGCAACCUAUAUUAAAAAUCCCAUAAAUAGAUGAAGUAUUAGUUAAAAUAAAUGUUGGUUAAUUUUAUUUAUAAUACUUCAACCAUUUAGGCUAUUUUCAAUAUAAGUUGUUGUUUUAAAAUCAAAAGUAAAUAGUAAUUUCACCCCCAAAAAUUAGGGUGAAAAAAAAAAUGUAAUUAUAAGUUGCUUGUUUCUUAAACUUUCUAUAAAAAAAAUUCCGAAAAAAGUUAAUACUUUCAGAGAUAGUGUUUACCAAUAAAAUAAUGGCCCUGUAUAUAACAUGUUCUUAAUAUGAAAAAAAACUAAUACUGCUACUGAACAUUAUACUGACUAUACUCUCAAAGGUUAUACACUAAAUACAUCAGAGCAAGUUUUCUAUUCAAAAAGUUACUCAUAGACAUAAAAAAAACUCAGUAAAACCAUUAGAUCCCUGUUUACACUCUGAAUCUAAACAUGUUUAUAUUAAAUACAUUAUUUAAAGUUACAAAUCUAAUAAUUAUAUUAUAAAAACAAAUUAAGUUGUUAGAUCGAUUUAUUCAAAUAAAUUUGUUUCUUAGUAUAUGUUUAUGAAAUUGUAAAAUGUAAUUUAUUUAAUUAGUUUUCUAUUGAGUUAAUUGAUUUCUUUGGUGAAAUGUUAAAUUUUACUGUAUUUAAUAUUAUUUUUAUUUAUAUAAUAACUCAAUUAGUGUUAUUUUAUUUAGACAAAAAGUCAGGGUUCCUAAAUAUUAUUCAAAAUGAAAACAUUCUUGCCAGCAGCAUAAUAUAAAUUAUGUAACCAAUACUUGGAGGCACCUUUGUAAAAUAAUAUUAAAUUCAUAAAUACCAGGUUUUAAUUAAUUAGAAAAAAGUAUUAAACAAAAAAAUAUCCCAAUGAAAACCAUCGAUUAUAAUACAAAUAAUUGUUUUCCUAUGUAUAUUGGUAUACACAGGGGGGGGGGGUUAGGUGUUAUAUAUUCCCCAUUGUUUUAAAAAUACAACAAAUAUGAGUGUUUAAUUAGUACAUUUUUUUUGAGAUUACAUAUUUUAUAUAAAUUAUAAAAAUAAAACUUGAUUUAUUAAAUAAAUAUUGGACCUAGCCUUUAAAUUCUCAUUGUUCUACUUAAAGAGUUUCUAUUCAAAACAUUCUAAAUAUUCCUGGAACUAAUGAAAACAAACCUGCAUUUUUCAGCGAAAGCAGUUGAGUUUAAACUAUAACCAUUCAUAUGGCACCUUAUAUAUAAAGAGUGAGAUGAAUACUUCAUUAAAUUUGUUCCUAUCCUAUUGAUUCUUUGAUUAUAUCCUCUUUAAUAAAUAAACUUAGUCAUUCGCAUAAAAUUAAAAUUACAUUUUAUACAAUUCUUGUUGACCUUAUAGGAUAGUGAAUAAAUUAAUGAAUAGUGAUAUAAAGGAUAUUAAUUAUAUUUAUAAAUAAUAUUAUAAACCAAUAUUCAUUGUGAUAAAGUUAAACAAAGUACCACUUAAUAAAAUAUAUUUUAUGUGUAUUAAAUAAAAUGUUAUAAUCACAUUAAAUAUUAAGAAAAAAGAAAUACUAUUGUAUAUUUAUAAGGAAAUUCAACUUAGUUAUUAUUUCAAUCCCUCAAAAACCACCUCUAAUUUCUAAAGUUGAAUUCAUUUUUUCUAGAGGGAGUGUACAAAUGUAGUAGGAAAAAGAUAUAAUAGAUUCUAAUUGUAUUUUUUUUUUUUUUUUUGGAGAAAAUUUUAUAAUACAAAUGCAGAAAUACUAGUUAGUAUAUGAUAUAUAAUGCAAAGCUAUGAUUUUAUUAUUAUCUAUCUCAGUAAAAAGCCAUUAUUAAAAGAAUAAUAUAUAAAAGACAAAGAAAAAAUUGUUUUCAUUAUUUAUUUUAUAUUAUGAAGAUCAAUUUUUUUUUAUCAAGAAUCCUGUUAUAAUUAUUUCUAUUUCAAACAAAUUAUACUGUUAAUUAUUUUUGUUACUUAUCAUAAAAUAUUAUUGAACUGUGAAAAAUUGUUUAACAAAUGGAAUCAUAAGUAAAUUUUUCAACACCUUGUACUAGAAUUAUAGCGACAAUCAAAAGUUGACAUCAUAUUUUUAUACAAUUUAUACUUUCUAAUACUUAAAAACUGUGUAAAAUUAUAUAGGUACAUAUUGUUUUUAUUUUAUUAUUAUUAUUAUUAUUAUUGCACUAGAAUUAUCAUAAUAUAAGAUAAAAUGUAGACUGUUUUUGAUAGUAAUAACAAAAAAUUAUAUUCAUUUUGUAAACCAUACUUAUUAUAAAUACAUUUGACUAAUAAUUACUAACAUUUAUAUCAAUGUGUAAUAAAUCAGUAAAUGUAUAAUGUUUGCAUUUAAUUUAAAAUUAACAUCUAAAUGUGUUAAUAUGUUCUAAAUAAUAACCAUUGAACUAUUAAGCAAAAUAAUUAUAAAUCAAAAACUAAAAAUUAAACAUGUAAUAAUUUGUAUUUAUAUUAUGGCCACAGAUUUUCAUACAAAAUAAUUAGGGACUCUUAAUUAUUUUAAUACAGAAUAUGUUCUUUUAGAAAGACUGCUAAAUAUUGUAAUAAUUAAUCAUAUGAAUAAACUUGGAAAAUAUUAUUUAAUUGUACAAAAAAUAAAUUUUUAAAAACAUAGAGCAAACCUAAAGUAUAUUGUCAAACAUGCCACAUAUUUUAUUAAGGUGCCUCUAUACAUUAUUUUUUUCUUUAUUUAUUUCAUCUGUAAAUAGCAACAAACAUUUGCACUUCAACAAUAGUGACCCUUUACUUAAAUUUAUGGCAGAAUGACCUAUUAUACAUUUUAUAAAAAAAAAGUAUUUAUUAUACCUUGGCAUAAUGAUUCUUUAAUAAUUCAAUUAUUAUCACAAAAAUAUUAUUGUUUAAAUUUAAAUUUGAAUCAUUAAUAGCGUAUUGACAAAUGACAUAUUAAAAAGUUAAGGCAUAGGUAAUUUUUACAUAGGCUAUUUUUUUUAUAUAAAACGUUUAAUAGGUUCUUUUCCCCUAAAUAAACUAGAGUCACAGUGCAUGAAAUGUAUUUGUUACUGCCACAUUAUGAGAUAAAAAGAGAAAACAAAAUAUUAUGUGUAGAAGCUCUUUAAGUAAUUUGUGCAACUAUUGUAUAAUUUUGUUCUUAUAAUGAACUAACUUUUUUAAGAGGAACUGUAAAUUCUUUUAAAUGCCUGUUUUCUUGUAAAAGUAAAUUGAA